AUGACUAGAACUACUGUUGAGCCCAUCAAAUACGAGGCCCCUUCAUGGGAGCACAAGAGCGUGCAUAUGUCCGACGACAGCAGGAGAAUUGUCUCUAAUGUCGGCGACGACGUAACACGCCCAAAGGGCCGCAUUCGUCGUUCGAUGACGGCUUGUAAUACCUGCCGCAAGCUUAAAACGCGCUGCGAUCUUGAUCCCCGAGGGCAUGCAUGCCGUCGUUGUCUUUCUUUAAGAAUCGACUGCCAGCUCCCUGAAACGAGCGAGCGCUUUCAGGAUAAUACGCCGAUGUGGUCCGACGCUACGACAGCUAUCCCUUCUAUCGAGGAGCGGCUCACUUCCUUGGAGAGGAGUAUGAGAGAAAUGACCGGCAUGCUCCGGCAAAUCUUGAAUCAAUCGCCAACCGUUUCUAAUAUAUCCGUACCUCCAUUAGCUAGGAGCGUUCAUACGGAGGAAACUGCCUCCAUUGAAGGAAGCUCAUUCGGCCCUUUCUUGCCUAAGCCCGUGCGACUAAUCCAGGACCUCCAAUCCGAGUUUUUCGGGGAGACAAAUCGUAUUCCUGUGGAGUCCCCUUUCCUGGGGAAUAGCUUUGAGAAGGGUAUCUUAGAUUCUAAGCUGUCUCUCAAGCUAGUACAACUAUUUGUGGAUAAUUUCGGUCCCUUGAUCUCAAUAAAUAACCAGUCCGACUUCCAUAAUGAGAUGAGGAAAACCGAUUCUCUACUAUAUAGUACCGCUUGCCUGCUGGCUUCUCGUUAUGUGCCCGGCAUUCCACCACCGAUUCUACAUGCCAUGAACCUCCAAGUCCGACAUAAGGCCGUUAAUCUGCUGUGGGAGAAACCGCCCUUGAAGUACGAAUCACUCCAAGCGCUUGCUCUCCUUUGUCUAUGGCCCGCAGCGAGUCAGAAAGAAUUCCCCGUCGACAGCUGGUUACUCAGCGGGACUGCGAUCAACCAUGCCCUUAUCUCAUUCGAAUUUCUUAAUCAUGCACCUUCGGAACUUAUCAUUGACAACGACAUGGCCGCUCAGCUGCGACUGUGGAACGCGUUCUGCUUGACACAGUUACAUUUUGCUGUUGGCAACGCACGCCCAUUCCAUUUACCACAAAGGUAUCUCGAUUACUGCCCACGGCUUCUUGAGCACCCCGCCGCCACUGUCGAAGAUGGGAAGGUUGUAGCGGAGAUUCAGUUGUACUUGAUCACCUUGAGACUUCAAAGCAACGAACAACGCAUGCGAUUCGCGGAUGUUGAAUAUGAAGAAAUUGAACGGUGGAAGGUUGAAUGGGCCCAUCUCCUUGAUACUAAUUUUCCAACAGCUGGUGAUGAAAAUUCGACGUUUGAGCUUAGUCUCUGGUUCUGUCAAAUCCUUCUGCACCGGACGGCGAUGAGAUUCCAGGCAGAGUCCGAGAGACUCACGGCGGAGAUUCUCCAGGGAUCACGCCUAAUCAUAUCGAAAUUCCUGCAACUCCGCUUUGUAACCGCUUUGAGAGUGGUCGACCAGGCAUACUUCAUUGUCGGUUAUGCCGCUCUGAAUCUCUGCGAUUUCAAUUUCCUCGACCCACUCAUUGACCAGAUUCAAAUGUUCCUGCUGCAUCUGUCGCCAAAUGAAGACCACAUCGCAUACCGGUUUUCGUGUAUGAUUGCGGAAUUCAAGCGUCGCUGUUCCGAAUGCAACGAUCCAUGCAGCGCAGUCGAUGGUUCUCAAGGCUCGUUCGGAGACGCCCGGAAGAUGAGCAUGGAACACGUACAGUUCGUGCCACCCUUGGUCGAUAGUAUGAUUGAGGGAUAUAGCGCUCUGGAGCAGCUGAUCCCUGAGGUCAUGCCACAGUCAUUUCCGGAAAGUGUCAUUAGUGGCAUGGCCGUGGCUGAAGCCAUCCCUGUAGGGUCGGCGACCUACUAA